AUGUUCACCCGUCUUUCUGUUCUAUUUGUGUGGCUACUGUAUGCCGCAGAGGCUUUCCAAGACAACGCUCAAAGUCACACCUUUGGUCAUUUCAGUAACUCGUCAAGCCCGGCCCCGCAUCCGACCUGUCAGGAUGGUUUAGGCUUCUGUAGCUCGUCAGAGGGGUUCCCUAGCCAGAACAUCACCCAAACAUCUCAACCUCCAGGUACGACGAUCUCCGCCACAGCUGAGACCGCGCGGCGAAAUGAAACACUGCAUUCGACAAACGGCAUUUUCUCUGCCACUUUGUCUCCAAUCAGCAUUUCCAAAGGGCCUAUCUGGAGCAACAACACAGAUCCAUCAACUUCCCAGACUCGCUCGUCGUCGAAACCCGUUGAGAAUCACUCAAGAAGUAAUCGGACAUCACCUGCUUCGACAAAGAUCACCUCAAUAGGAAGUUCCAGCGUCGACAUCAGCAGAACAUUGACCUCAAAAGACUCGGCCUCCAGUCGAAUAUUGACGACAAGCAGUCUGAUUCACACCUUCUCGAUACCUCUUACCAGUCAAACGCCUCCAUCAUCUCCGACCGCCACUCAAAACAAUACCGCUUCCUCUCUGGUCCAACCUUCGAAUACCGAAGUGCCUGGAAGCAAGUGGACCGUUCCUUGGGUCGACCCUCCCACUACAACUUCAUCCUCGGCGCAUUGGACAGAUAAAGCUGAAUCUACAAUCACCACAACACCCCCCGGAGCGUCCUUUCUGACUCUUUCCGACCUCACCGUUACAACGCCGAUUAUUAUUACCACAACGCUACCAGGUAGCACCGAAGCAACGAUUGUGCCAGUCAUUGUCAAGAAAGAGAAAAAGACGAAAGAAGGCGGCGGAGGUGGUGAUGACGACAACGAUUUUAUCUUAAUCCCAUUCAUAUGUCUCGGGUGCUUUCCUGGAGGAUUUCCUCCCAAGAUCAGCAUAGAGUUCAAGCUGCCCGAGUUCUGUAUCAAGAUUUUGUGGUUCGAGAUCGGGAAUUGCCCUAGUGACGAUGGCAAGAAAGGAGGAGAAGACGGCGGCGGAGACAAAGGGGGAGACGACAGCAACGACGAUGACGACGACGAUGACGACGAUGAUGAUGAUGACGAAGACAAGUCAUCCUCAGAAUCCUCAGCGUCGUCUUCAACAUCGAGCUCUUCUUGCACAGACACCGUCACUGCGACCCAUCGGACAGUGUAUUGCUCGGUGACCCAAGACAUUCGUGGAGGCGAGAACGCAAAGGCAACUGCCGUUACUACGUGUCUCAGCAGUAUCCAGACCGAGGUUACGGGCUGCAGCGUGCUCAACUCGGUCACCACAGUAACCACGACAAGGACUGGCAGCGAAAAGCCAUACCCGACAUGCGGCCCAGAUGUUUGCGGUGAGAAUUGUCCGGCGCCAAGUGCUACAUCUACCAGCAACCCAGCCUCCACUAGCCAACCACCUCUACCGCUCCUGAAACGAGGCGAUCCUGCCAAUGGCGAAUGGCGUGGCCCUGAGGACUACCAACUUGGUUACGACGAGUUUAUGCCAGAGCAGAUCAGGGAAGCUCGCAACGCCGCGACGGACCCUAACCCAGGCCCUGGAGGCUACAAACCUAAGCUUUUGAGAGUUCCGCCCUCCCAUAUGGACCCAGUCCACAAUUUCAAAGUCUCAACUCAAUGGGUAUCUUUCAAAGACAAUGUGGAGACAUUAGCCAUUGAGGGACUUUGGGGCUGUACGGCAGUGGUUGUUGUCUCUAACAGAGGUGCUUGGGUAAGCUACUUUUCGGAGGCUUUAAUGGGAAGAAACAACCUGAAUGAUUUCAGGUCCGCGCUCGCUGAUCAUCGUCUCGGGUCUGGUGAGGGUGAUCCAAUGCGAGAGUGGAAUGAGUACGGUAUCGAAAACCUUAUGAACGACCCAGGGGCCGGAGACCAUGGGGUGAUUUUCGGCGACGAGAACAAUGAUGAUGAAAACAUUGCGAGCCUCAACAUACAGGCCUUCAUCAUCACGCCACGCCCGAGAUAUAGCUACUACAACGAUGACGGUACUCCACGGACAGACCGCUUUCUUCAGAAUCCCAAUCACUUCAAUAUGCAGGUAUUAUACCCGCUCCACGUCGACUGGAUCAGACAAGACUUGAACAGUGUGUUCCAGAACAGGCUUACACAUUGGGUUACAACUCUUGACUAUCCUACACCGAUGCUUCUCUGGUCAGAUUGGAAGGGAUACCAGCAGAACCACUUGACACUUCAGGAUACAGUCAACAUACUGAAGGAUGUUAACUGUGAAAAGGCCCGCGGGAAAACGAUUGUUCAGUACAAACCAGCAGAGUCAUGUAAUGGAAGGGCUGAAUGGCGUAUCUUCUCAGAUACCAUGAGGCAACAGGGUGAAUCCCGUUGGGUUCCGGAAGAUGGUCAGGUAUGGAGAGGUGGAAGGGCUGCUGACGAAAUGGAUUUGGAUCCCGACCAACCGGGCCUUGCCCGCAGGAAGGUCUGCCCACGUCCUAGCCAGACUACCUCCUCAUGUUCCGUCACCGUCACUGCCACGCAUCAGACAGUGUUUUGUUCAGUAUCUAAAGCUGUGGCUGUUGGAAAUGCCACCCAAACGACAGCUACGACAACAUGCUUGAGCAGCGCAUACACCACCGUCACAGGUUGUAGCGUCGCCAACUCAGUAGUCACAACCACGGUCGCAACCACGCAGACCUCCAGCGCAAGGGCUCUACCUACAUGCGGGCCAGAUUCCUGCGGUAGUUGCCAGCCGUUGCACCUGAUACCACCACAAGAGCCGCCGCAAGAGUCUUCCGAUGAACCCACGCAGCAAAGUGUUCCUCGGCCACUUGCGAAGCGUGGGGAUACAGCCUACGGCUUCUGGCAAGACAUUUUUGAUUUUCAUAGUGGCUACCGCCAAUGGAUGCCAGCGCAAAUCCGACAAGCACGCUUGGCGUCGCAAAAUCCCUUCCCAGCAGAACCAGGAGCAUUCAGGCCCACACUUCUUAAGGCAAUGCCUGAAGGAUUUGACUUGCCGGUAUCCACGAAAUUUGUGCUUUUCAAAGACAAGCCCGAGACUCUCGCCAUCGAAGGACUCUGGGGCUGCACAGUCGUUCUUGUGGUAUCCAAUCGAGGUGCCUGGGCCGCUUACUUUUGGGAAAGGACGAUGUACGAUGAACAAGAAAUGACACGAGCUCUAGACGAGUGGCGACAUGGUACUGGCGAAGACGAGGAAAUGUUUCAGUACAACGAACGUGGCCUCGACCAGCUGACCGAUUAUGAGCGGGAUGGAGACGUGGGUGUUAUGUUUGGCAACCCGGCAGAUGAAGAUGUUGACCAUUUGAACAUUAAAGCCUUCAUCUUCGCGCCUCGACGCAAGCCGGUAUAUCGAAAUCCCGACGGCUCGUCAACAGGUGAUCUCAACAAUGAACACUUCGCAGCGGGCGCUGUAGAUCCCGACUUUGAGGAUAGCGUGGAACUCAUUAUCAGAGACCUUCAAAGGAAGUUUAACGGCGAAAUCGAGAUUGACAUCGUCGACUAUCCCAGACCAACGCUUACACUCGCGGACUAUGAUUGGUGGAUGGGUCUCCCUGACGAUGUGGCAAUGUCCGAUCGGUUUCUUGUUCCUGUCAUCAAGACCCUAAUGGACGAUGUCUGUAGGGUUCAUCGAGGCAAGGUGAUUCUCCAAUAUCAGCCCUCGAGAUCCGCCUGCCAAGGUCUUACAGCGAAGUGGAGAGUAUUUGCGGAUGUCUAUGGACAGGUUUCGGCGGGGGAAUGGCUGCCAGAAGAGGGUCAACGCUGGCAAGGCGCAGACCCGCCAGCUGAGGGGGGAGCGGCUCAAAAGAGACAAAAGUGUGCAAGGGGGGUCUGUGACACCUUUUCCGUCAAGUUCACGGUUGUCGCCGAACGGUACUUGGUCAUUUACUUUGCCAGCCAACACGUCAAUCCCGAUGACAAGACUGCUCUCAACAAGCUUCAGCUCACUUUCAACGAUAAAAUCGAACACAACAUCAACACCACGUUCCAGCACACUCUCGAUCAACAGCACUCUGUUUUCUUCGAUCACAUCAAAUGCGACAUCUAUAACACGGUCCAGUACACCCUCGAUAAACAGUACUGCACUUUCCACCAUGAUAUCGAACACAACCACAGUACCACGGCUCGGCACAACCUUGUUGAACGGCACUUCUUCGUCUGUGAUAUCGAUCAAAACAACAUCCCAGAUGGUGACAAGCAAACCCUCGCCGACAACGUCAACAACAUCCUCAUCCACUCCCAAGAAAACAACGACACCAAUUCCUGA